AUGUCACGCCCAGAAGAAUUAGCUCCACCGGAGAUCUUCUACAACGAUGCGGAAUCGCAAAAGUAUACAUCAUCUACAAGAGUGCAGCACAUCCAAGCAAAGAUGACUCUUCGUGCGCUAGAACUGCUUAAUAUUCCUCCCGGUUCGUUCGUACUGGAUGUGGGGUGCGGCUCUGGCCUCAGCGGCGAGAUUUUAACGGAAGAAUACGGUCACGUAUGGUGCGGGAUGGAUAUAUCGCCUAGCAUGCUCGCAGUGGGGCUUACCCGUGAAUUGGAGGGGGAUCUCAUGCUGCAAGAUAUGGGCCAAGGUGUGCCGUUCCGCGCAGGUACUUUUGAUGCAGCAAUAAGUAUUAGUGCUAUCCAAUGGCUCUGCAAUGCAGACACUUCGUACAACGAUCCACAGCAAAGAUUGAUGAGAUUUUUCAAUUCACUUUUUGCAUCACUGAAAAAAGGUGGCAAGUUUGUCGCACAGUUCUAUCCAAAAAACGAUGAUCAGAUUCAACAAAUCCAGCAUGCUGCCAAAGUUUCGGGUUUCAGCGGUGGUGUGGUUAUCGAUGAUCCUGAAUCAAAGAAAAAUAAAAAAUUCUACCUUGUUCUGAGUGCUGGAUCACCUAGUGGCGACGAAAGACAGAUGAAUCUAGAUGGUGUUACCAUGGACGCAUCGGAAGAGCCCGUACGUUCAAGGAAGGCCAAUAAGAAGACCAAGGAGUCCAAUAAAACGUACAUUCUGAGGAAAAAAGAGCUGAUGAAAAGAAGAGGCAGGCAGGUCGCUAAGGACUCUAAGUUUACAGGAAGAAAAAGGAGAGCCAGAUUUUAG